AAUAAUUUAUUAUCUUUAAUCAUUGUGACAACCACUGAGCCACGAACUAUGAUAUAACUUACUCUUUGCUGUCAAAUUCAUUAAUAAAAUAGGUAGCGAACUUUCGAGUGGUUGUCGGUUGACUGUUUUUAAAUUUACUUAUAGAGCUCGUAUUAAUUUAAGGUUUUUAGAAAAUAAUCAAUAGUGGAGGUGUAAAAAUGGAUAUGGAGGUGGAAAUAAUUAAUGCAGAUGAAGAAGAAAUUUCAUAUUUUGAAUCUAUUACAGAUUACCUAUGGAUAUUUUUAGGGUUAGUUCAAAAUAAUGGAUGGUACUUUCUAGCUUUUAUAAUACUGUUGGCAUAUUUAGUCCCCAAAUUAUGGCCUCAUUAUUUAAAAUGGUCAGAACAAAGAGCACUAGCUGCAUAUGAUGCAGACAUUAAAAAAAAUCCAGAUUUAUUUAAACAAAAACAAGAGGAGUUACAAAAAGCUAGAGCCAAAUUCCAAGAAGAAUAUGAGAAAAAAGCCAAAAUAGCACUCGAAAAACAAAAAGAAAAAGAGAAAAAAAUAUUAGAAGAAAAACGAGCAUUAUUAAAUAAUGGAACGGGUGGACAGUCUAUUAACAGUUCUGAAAAGCCAAAGAAAUCUAAACCAGAUUACAAUCCUUUAAUGGGAUCUGGCAGUGGUUCAAAUUAUAGACCUCCAAGAAGAAGUGCAUGUUCAGGAGGUGGGUGUGGAUAAAAGCAAAAAUAUUGAAAAAUAAAUAUUCUACUCAAACAAUUAAUAUCUGUGUAAAAUGUAUAUCUUAUAAUAUUACUAAUAAAUAGUUAAUUUCUUCAGCUCAUAUUAUGCUAAUUGUAAUCAUAAACAUACAAUACAUUGCAUCUGCACUAGAGUAAAUAUUAAAAAACUUAUAAUACUAAUAUUAUUAUAAUUUUAUAGG